AGCAAUUUCAGACAUGUUGAUUCCUAGAUUUGCGCAUUGUUAGAUUUAGUAGAGAAGAAUCUAAUCAUUUCCUCUGAGUCGGAUUUCGUGUUGAGGAUUGUUUAGCUGAUCACCUUCUUCAUUGUCUGAAAAAACCCGUUGUCACUGCUGAAGGGUAGCUGAGAUUUGGGACUAAAAUGCGUGCACCGUCUCUUCUCGCGCAAUGCUUGCCUGGCUUGGUGCCUUGUGACCGUGGCAGUAUGUCUACAUUAUCAGACAGGGAUUUGCAGCUUCCAACACCAGCGGUUGAGAUUGUACCUUCUAAGACAGCUCAUCCAUACAAGUAUUCGGGGGAGAACAUGGACGUGCAAGGGUUACACAUAUUCAAGGGGAAAGUAAGUGUUGCUGAUAUAAUCGGGCUCUCUGUUGCAGAAAUUACUCCACUAAAACAUGAUGCGUCUCUUAGAAGUUGGGAAAGCUCUAUUGAUCUUCUUAGUGUCCUCAAAAACGAGAUUCGUGAUGGACAACUGAGCUUCAGGGGCAAGAGGGUCCUUGAGCUAGGUUGUGGUUAUGGAGUUCCCGGGAUAUUCGCUUGCUUGAAAGGUGCUUCUACGGUCCACUUUCAAGACCUCAAUGCCGAAACAGUGAGAUGUACAACAAUACCAAAUGUCCUGGCAAACCUUGAGCAAGCCAGGGACAGGCAGAGCCGACAGCCUGAAAGCCCGCUUACACCAUCCAGACAAUCUGUGUCAGCUUCUGUCCGUUUCUAUGCAGGAGACUGGGAAGAGCUUCCAACCGUCCUGUCCAUAGUUAGAAACGAUGUCUCUGAGCCAACCACAGUAAUGAACCUGAGCUUCUCGGAGGAGGACUUCAUGGAUGGAUGUAGUAGCCAAGACGGGAGUGCGAUUGGACAACAGGAUUUCUCGUCAAGACGUUCAAGGAAACUUUCAGGCAGUCGGGCAUGGGCAAGAGCCAAUGAAACGGACCAAGGAGAGUGUGGAUACGACAUUAUCUUGAUGACUGAUAUCCCCUACUCUGUCACCUCUCUAAAGAAACUAUAUGCCCUCAUAAAGAAGUGUGUGAGACCACCAUAUGGAGUAGUUUACUUGUCCACCAAGAAACACUAUGUCGGGUUCAACUGUGGAGCAAGACACCUGAGAAACUUGGUUGAUGAAGAAGCCAUUUUCGGAGCUCAUCUGGUGAAGGAAACAGCCGACAGAGACAUCUGGAAAUUCUUCCUCAAGUAGGGUACUGAACUCAAAACAAUACACCAUGGUUUCCUUGAUUUGCUUACAUUAACUAAACAGAGCAUCUGUAUAAUGUAAUAUCCAUGAAAGUUUUCUGCUUCUUUUAAUUUUUUUUCCCUUUCUUUUUUUGAAAUUGUUGAUUCAGCUACGAGGAAUUGUGGCUCACAUUGUGUACCUACUACCUACCUUUCCUCUGUGCUGUUUUGCUAUGAAAUCCUUUGGAUUUUCAGUUGUAUAUUGAUACGGCAAUCUGAUACUUUCCUUGUCUUC